CGACGACGACGGGAUACUGUGAUUAUAAAAGUCCGCGUAGGACCGCCCAAACAUAAGCACUUGAAAGUACGGACUCAACUAGACAUAGAUCGACUGGCAGUAUCAUCAGCUCUUCUCAAGACUAUCUACCUAGACUGCCUGUUUUCCGACCUACUGUGAAGAGCCCACUUCUACCGAUUUCAUCAACCAGAUCCCAUUUUGAUCCGUACGCAUCUCACAUCGAGCGGCGACAAGUGGAAUCAUGGACGAGAUCAGGAAAUACGAGUUGUCUGAUUUGGACAAAACGGGCAUCAAGAAGAGGGUGCAACUCGUCAUAUUCUAUGAGCUCCAGCCCACCGUGGAUCUCGACAAAUUGAUAUCCUCCGUGAGGGAAGGGGUGAAUAACGCAACACGCCGAUUACCAUUCAUGGCCGGGAAUUUCAAGUUCGAUAAUACCGGCAGACCCUAUAUCGAAACACUUCCAGGAAGUGAGGUGGAAGUUUCCAUCCGUCGGUUCGAUUCCACGGAGCACCGGUCUUUAUCUGCUUUGGCAAACCGUUCAUACUCUCCCAACGAUGUGCCUUUUGUCCAGUUUCUACCUGACGAGCCACCGGCUAAGAAACCGGUCCUUCUAUCUGACGAGCCAGCGCCUAAGGAACCGGUCUGCGCCCUCCAAGUAAACCUCAUCGAGGGUGGGUUGGUUCUGGGAUUCCGAAUGAACCAUGCGGCUGGGGAUUGGGCGUCUAUCGAUACAUUCCUGUCUCUUGUCUGUCAAAGCAGUAAGGCAUACCAGGAAGGCCUGAAGAUGCCCACCUACACACCGAAUCUCAAUAGAACUCCAUUCAAUGCCCCAGCAGCUGAUCCGGCCAUUUCGAGGCAAGACCAUCUGGAACGCCUCCGCAUCUUUCAUGUUAUGAACAAGAGUCAAAUCAAACCAAAGCAGCUGCCAAUAUGUCGAUAUAGCAUCUACACUAUAUCCGAACCGACUAUCCAACAGCUCAAAGAGCAAUGCACCCCGCAUCUGAGCGAGGUCGACUACAUCAGCUCAUAUGACUGCAUCUCGGCCCUCGUGUGGAAAUCGCUCACGCGUAUCCGCCUCCAAAUUCACACGGAGAAAUCGACCUCUCCAUCCCAUUUCGUCCACCCCAUCGAUGUCCGUUCGCGAGACCCAGAGAACAAAACAUCCAAACAAUACUUUGGCAACGCCGUUAUUGGAACUCAAGCUGGUCCUCUUACUGCCGAAGGCUUAGCAUCGCACGGAGACCGCAGUCUUACAGCUGCUGCUACUGAGAUUCGUAAAUCCGUCAACUCCGUCAAUUUGUCCACAAUUAGCCAUAUGACCGCCCUCAAUGCGUCCCUCGCUCAUUGGGAGAUACUCGGUUUAACUUCAGAUUUUGAUGAUAUGGACAUAUUCAUGAAUUCCUGGUACUCAGGAAGCGCGGAAAAGUACGAUAUUGGGGCUGGUUCGGUCCCUGUUGCCUGUCGGCCGGCUGAUGGUAUGCCGGGAUCUUGCGUUGUGAUUUUGCCGAAUUUUUCACGAGGAGAGACGAAGGUCUUUGAGGUUCUUGUAAAUGUGACGGUUGAAGAGGACGAGUUGUUAAGGAAAGAUGAGGAAUUCUUGAAGUAUUUCGAGCCUCUUGCGUGAGAGGUUGAUGUUGUUGCUAUACUCGAUAUCGUCUUUGCUUGUUUACUCUUGUUACAUACAAUCAUCAUCAUCGUUAUGAUAUUGCGUAGCGGCUGCUGGUUAAUACAUCUGAAGGUUUCGCACUUCCCGACAGAGAUUAAAAGACCUCGACAGGUUGAUACAUCAUGUUGCAUGUUGUUUUGACUGACACGUAUAUAAAGUAUAGUUGAGCAGAUC